GUGUGGAGCAUCUCCCUGUUAGCAUUGUAUAGACCGCUCCUGUCGUACAUGGCUUGUUGUGUGUUUCAGCUGUAAGGAUGGAUAUCCUGUGUGGUGGAUUUCCUGGGAACAGUGUAAGGAUCUGUUUGCAGUUGUGACUGUUAGUGACGACUGGGCUAUAAUUGUAUGCUAAGGAGUUAAGCCUUACGGAUUUUGGUUUGCGGAUCGAUGCUAAUGGUCGUCCAAGGUUAGUGUGGACCUAAUUCUUGAGAAGGGUUUACAGUAGCCUUUGGUCAGCCAACAACAUUGUUUGGUGAUCGUUCAGAGGAAGAUGUCGAAACAGAGUUCUAGUGCGGAUGUGGAGGAGAUAUUAGCACCAUAUAGACAGUCAGCACAAUUGGACAAGAAAGAUGGUCUUCUCAGUCAGGAGCAGGAGGACCUGGUUGACCGAGUGGCCUACCUGGAGAAGAAGGUCACGCAACAGGGAGAUGAGAUCGUCUGUCUCAAGAGUGCCCUCGCUGAUGUCAUACGUAGAAUCACUCAGUUGGAGUCAGCUCCCCCAAACCACAUUCUACCGUCAAAGCCAACAUUCAGAUCACCUCGGAAAUCUGCAUCACAUGAGAGGAAGAGUCACCUGAAUCCCCUGGAGAAUGUGAACCUCAUCUCACAUCGAAGUACAACCCCACCACAAUCACGAUCCUACCACUCAUCCAGGAACUCAACCCCUCUCAAGAAAUGGUCCUCUUUGUCAAACUCAGCAGAUCUUUCCAAUUCACAAAUAACUCCAAACAAGAGGCAGCUUCAAGCAAAUGGUGACAGACGUAGCAUUUCCCACAGUAAUCUGAAUCCGCGCCCGGUGAUGAAGGGUUCUCGGGAGCCCGUUUGGAAUACAGAGGAGGGAUACUUAAAGAUCUACAUCCGUGGGCGGCCAAUCACGCUGUACGCUCCCUCUGCUCUUACUGACUACAAUCUGUCCAAGAUAGGGGAAGCUCCAUCAGAAACGCUGCAGGUGGAAUGGGUCUAUGGUUAUCGAGGGCGAGAUUGUCGUUCCAACUUGUACAACCUGCCGACAGGGGAACUUGUCUACUUCAUCGCAGCAGUUGUGGUUCUCUACAAUGUGGAAGAAAAUAUGCAACGCCACUACCUCGGACACAGCGAUGAUGUCAAGUGUAUCGCUGUUCACCCUGACAAGAUCCGUAUCGCGACUGGUCAAGUUGCCGGCCAUGACAAGAAAGAAGGAAAAAAAAAAAGAAAUAGUACCUCUGAAGUGACAGAUAAUGACGAGAAAUGGCCACACGUUCGUAUCUGGGACUCUGUGAGCCUCAACACGCUGAACGUGAUCGGACUCGGAGACUUCGACAGGGCUGUGUGCUGUGUCUCCUUCUCCAAGCUGGAUGGAGGGCUCCACCUGGUGGCAGUGGAUGAUGCAAAUGAGCAUGUGAUAUCGGUGUGGGAUCUCAGUCGAGACAAACCUCACAAGAUCACAGAAACAAAGAGUUCCACAGAACCCGUCCUGGCAGUGGAGUACCACCCGCAGGAGAAGAACAGCAUCGUGUCUUGUGGCAAGAGUCAGAUCACCUUCUGGACUGUGGAGGGUGGAUCUCUAGCCAAGAAACAGGGAAUCUUUGAUAAACAUGAUAAGCCGAAGUAUGUGUUGUGCCUGGCCUUUGCUGAUAAUGGGGACGUGAUCUCAGGAGACUCAAAUGGCAAUAUCUUCAUUUGGGGCAAAGGAAGCAACCGGAUCAGUCAGGCUGUCACUGGGGCUCACGAUGGAGGAGUAUUCUCAGUGUGUGUCAUGAAGGACGGGUCCAUUCUGUCUGGAGGUGGCAAGGAUAGGAAGGUCAUACAGUGGGACAGUGCUUACAAGAAGACAGGUCUAGAGACAGAGAUCCCAGAAGUGUUUGGGCCAGUGAGGACUCUAGGCCAGGGAAAGGGGAACUUGAUCCUUGUGGGCACCACACGCAACUCCGUGCUGCAGGGCACCCUUGACCUCAAGCUGAACCCCAUUGUACAGGGCCAUAUGGAUGAGCUGUGGGGACUCGCUACUCACCCCACCCAACACCAGUUCCUCACCUGUGGCUCUGACAAGCACAUCUACCUGUGGGACAGCAUGUCACACUCUGUCAUCUGGUGCAAGGAGAUCACGGACCCCGCUCACAGCUGCAGCUUCCAUCCCAAUGGGAGUGUGGCAGCCAUAGGCACCCAUGCCGCCAGGUGGCUCAUCGUCGACCUCGCGACACGGGAGAUGGUUAGCGUCCACAGUGACGGCAGUGAGCAGAUUGAGACGAUCAAGUACUCACCUGAUGGCAGCUACAUCGCCAUUGGGUCCCGAGACAACUACAUCUACGUGUACCAGGUCAGCGAUGGAGGAAGGAAAUACUCAAAAGUGGGGAGGUGCUCGGGCCACUCCAGCUUCAUAACUCACGUGGAUUGGUCAGAAGACAGCCAGUAUCUAGUCAGCAACUCAGGGGAUUAUGAAGUCUUAUACUGGACAGUGAGUUCCUGUAAGCAGUUGACCACACCGGCCUCAGUGCGAGACACUCAGUGGGCAACCCAGGACUGCACACUCGGCUUCAGUGUUGCAGGAAUUUGGCCUGAUGGCGCUGACGGCACAGACAUCAACAACUGCACUCGCUCCCACAAACAGCAUCUUGCAGCCACAGGGGAUGACUUUGGGAAGGUCAAUCUGUUCAAGUAUCCAUCUUGUCAGCCGAAGUCCAGCAGCCAUGUCUAUAAGGGGCACAGCAGUCAUGUGACUGAUGUCGGCUUCCUGUUCGACGACUCUCGGCUCAUCUCAACCGGAGGUCGUGACAUGAGCAUCAUCCAAUGGGAGGUGAUUGGUUAAAACAAAGACAGAUGUUCCAAAGCCAAUCUGAAGAUGAUAAAACUACAGUUUAAGGAGAUAUUGAACGUUUGGGAACUCAUGGAUCAACCGUGUUUAUGGAUUAAAAGAAAAUGAUGCUUUGUAUACAGCUUCUGGACCAAGUGUUGCUCUCAGACAUUACAUUGUGAAACUGAUGUCUGUACUGCAGCCAGGGACAACAAGCACUGGCCAACAUGAGCAAGGCAUUUUUGUGUUGAGUUUGUUUCUCUGAGGCCAUGGCUAGCCCAAUGAUGAACAGGUUUACAUGUACAGCAGAUUGCUGAGUUCAUCACCUGGCUACAACCUUGUCCAGCUGCAAGUGCUAAUGUAUUGUGUCAACUAUUCAGUGUGAUAUCUGAUGGCAUGGUUAUGUAGGUUGAGAUGCAGGCUGUCAUGUGCAAAGAUCAACAUUUGAUAUGAUUGUUUUAUUUGCAAACAUGGACUGAAAAUAUUUCUGCUUUAAACAUCACGAAUAAUAUUAAGCGUUUUUUGAUAGUUUAUGAUAGCAUUUAUUUAUGGUUAGUGGUGACAAAGUAAUUCAACAUCUCCAGUAUUUAGAGUCUGUUUAGUGUUGCAACAAAUGUAUGGUGUCUGUAAAACACCAUUUAUGUCAUAUAUUUAUCAUUCAUGGUGUAACUGGUAGCAAGCUUUUAUUUGCUUCACAUAAACAAAAUGCUUCCAACAGGCAACAUGUUUUAUGAAAGGAAUUGCUUAUAACCACAGAAUGUAUUUUACUUUUUUUUAUUGAAAUAGUGGAUAUUUCUUAGGUUUCCUGUUAUUGGACUGAAAGUGAGUUAAUGUUGCUUUCAUCAGCUACUUCAGACAAGCUGAUUUUGGCUCUGAUGGGUCGUUUUGAAGUUUGCCUUCUUCGUAUUCUUUCAGCAUUAAGAAGUUUGGUCCAAUGUUGGAUCAAUGAUACUUUCCAAGUUGGAGAAUGAUUUCAAUUUUUUUGUCUUACUGUGAUCUGUUUUUAUAUAUAUUCCCAUGUUAUGCUUUAUUUGUGUGUAUUUCUGUUAUUUCAUGAAGAAUAUAUGGAAUUCUAAUAAGGGACUGGUCAUUUACGUAAGUGUCACUAAGUACAUACAUUUUGGGGAUGGACAUGAAAAAACAAAAACAAAAUUUGGUGUUCAUGGGAUUUUCAUGAUCAAAUUCAACUUUUGUGUAAGAUGAGAGUUUAAGAUAGAAGAUGUAUAGGAGAGUAAUCAUUUUUAGUACACCAUGACUGAUAAAUCUACAAAGUCAUAAAGAACAAAUGACCAUCUGUUAGAGCUGCAUUCAGUAACAUGGGAUGAAGGAUUUGAUUUACCCACCUCCUCUUUUUCCACAUUCCUUGCUCAAAAUGACAAUAUGUGUAGUAUGAUAUUAGAAACACUGUUUUCUGCCCAAUGGAGUGAGGCUUGGAGUCAGUAUAAUGUGUCUAAGUGGGAGUUCCAUGUUACAUUGUGGGAUGGUAUCUCAGUGGGCUGGCACUAAAAAUCUGGCAUAAGUUCAGACUAGUACAAUCAGCCACACACACCUGCAUGCUUGUCGCUGUAUAAGUGCAAUAACCUUGAAUGCGACGUUAAACCUCAUUUCACCUCACCUCGCCCAACAGAGUGCUGUGACAUACUUAAUACCUUUAAAAAAAUUGAAUUUCUUUUUACAUAACCCCUGGGUACAUGAAAAAGGUAUGUUGAAACUAUAAGAACAUUCUUUUUUUAUUAUUUCCAUAUUAAGAAACUGCAAAUAUACAAAAUUAUGACAAAUAAAACUUGGUACCCACAAGAAGCUAAUAAACAAUUUCGGAGUUUUGGUCAAUCCAAAUAUGAUUUUCAUUAUGUUUGUAUGUGCUUGUGUGUCUGUCUAUAUAUAUAUAUAUAUAUAUAUAUAUAUAUCAAUGACUUUAAACUAACUGUUAUUAGUACGGACAAAGUGCUUUGUUGUGAAAAUUGUAAAAAAAAAUGUUGUUAAUGGCAUGUAAAUACUUUUGUUAAACGAAUAGAUUGAAAGGGUAUCCAUGGUAACCACAAAUCUGGAAGCAAUGGUAACCUUAGAUACUGAAACAUGCAACAAUAUGCUUCUACUAUUCAGUUUACCUACUUAGCAAUAUAUAUAUCUGUACAGUCCAUAUACAUCUGAAAGGUAUUUUCUUAUACAUGUACAUUGGUAUGUGUCAGUUUAUGUACAUUUCAUAUUUAAAGAUAAGUUGGUGUAUAUUUGAAAUGUAUAUUGCAUGAUGCUUCCUGUUUGUUUUAGAAUAAUUGCUUACUGGUACCCAGUGUCAGUUACCAUCAUUUGUUUAGACAUUGCCAUUUUCUGCUGUGUCUUAGAUAUGCUGACAGAUUUUCUGUACACAACUUAUUCAAUUUCUUUUUAUAAAAAAUAGAUAUGAUUUCAUGUUUGUGUCAAUAAAAUAAUUUUAAAUGUCAACAUCUUUUUGCUUAAAACUAACGGUAACAGCAACAUAUUUUGUUCCUCAAUAGUUCUAUGUGUUAUGCAUUUCAGAAAAUGUAGCCACAAUUUGUGAAAAAGUAAAAGAAAUGAUUGGUUUAUUUCUUAUAAAUAUCGUUUUGUUUGCAUGCUUGUUUAAGCUUUAGAUCUAAUCAAUCUCAUGGAAUAUGUAUAAAGAAAAUAUGUAAACCAUGAUGUUGAAUUGGUCUGGCCUUGACUAGAACUUUCAUUUUGUCAUACCAGUUGGUUUAUUUUAUACAUUCACUGCCAGGAAUGAAUCAAAUAGUAAAGCUGUUUUGUGCUUUUAGUUGGUGGUAAAUAUUUUGUUGGCUGGUAUGUUGUUGUGUCCUUUCACCACGUGCCCAUGUGUAUUUUGAUAGUUCAGAUGUCUGGAAGCCGUUUUUAAAGAUAAAAAUGACUUAUGAACAAUUUUGCCACAUGUAUUAAGUAUUGAGAAAAGAAGUACUUAUGUUUUGAAUGAUGUGUUAUGUGAACAGAUUUCAAAACAAGAUGUUGCAAAAAUCAGUACCUUGUGAUAGAGAAAUAGGAUUAAACUUUUGAAUCGGGCAUGGUUAAGAUGGCAUAAAAUAAGCCCCUGUUGUGAGAAGAUGGAAAGGGUUCAAAUAGUAUGGGGGAAUGGUAUAGGUUUUAGUAGUAGUAGUACAUGGCUAGCUUGCCAAAGUCUUCUGGAUGUCCAAGUGUAAGAUGCCUUCAAACCUUAAACCACAAGUGAAACAUUUUUUUUUAGUUUGAAAACAAUCAGUAUGAUUUCAAGUAUUUUCCCUUCCAAAUUCUAUUGCAGUGGUAUGCUGUUGGGAGAUUAUUUCACACAAAUUGCUUUCUUGGCUCAUUUGCUCAUUCUUUUGAUAUGUAUCCAUUUAUAUUGUAUUCUACGUUAUGACAUGAUCAAUGUCACUUAUGGUAUUGGAGACUUUAUUUCAGUAUUAAACUGUUUUUGUAAAAUAAACUUCAUCAAAAUAUUUUGUAGUAUUUCACACACAAGUAUAUAUUAAUUCAGACUAUUUGGCUUUUUUCAAGUAUUUGUGCAAUAUAUUUAUGGCUGAUAGACACAUUUUUAAUUUCCUCUACGGUGCAAAUAGAACUUUGUAUCUGAUCAUUAACCUCGCUGUAAAUUCUUUUGGUCUUUUUGUUUGUAUUGGUCAAAUAUAAUGGAACCUGGGCAGAAUGUCUUUGUGCUGGACAAUGCCUAAAAGGGACAAUCAUCAACUGUAUCUUUCAAAGUUUCACUUGUCCAGGAAUGGUUAACUCUGAUGAUGUCAACAAACAAGAUAUCUAGAUCUAGAGGUUCCACAUCUAUCAACUCUUAUAAAGCAAUGCUGCUCAUAACUCAUGAUCAUAUGACAUGUUAUAUAUACUUCAUUCAGCCAGGAGGGGUGAUGGGGUAGUCAAGUUUGGUUGUCACACAGAAGACCUAUGUUUGAUUCCAGACAUGGGUACUGUGUGAGACACCCUUUCUACAUGUCCCCAGCUAUUAUUACUAACAGUGAUGUAAGACCAUACUUACGGACUCAUUGAGCCAAGAACUUCACUUUAGGUAUGUACUCUUAUUGCUUCACUGUCUCGUUAAGGAGACGUUGACUUCAAUACUUGACUGAGCAGAGGCAUUUUAACCGUAUAUAUAUAUACUGCAUGAUUCACAUUUUCACCUUUAACGACACAAAAGAACCUGGCCCUGUGUAUACCAUAGUAAAUUAUUUAAAUCCCAACUAUUGCUUACUCUGGAAUAAAAUUCUUAAUGUUUUCAAA